GUUGAGCAUCAAACGCUUCACUUAUUGUGUGGAAGUGGCUGGAAACGGACGUAUUCGGUGUAGUAAUGGCGGAUAACUCUGCAGCAAACGGCGACUUAAACCGUAAUAACAAUAUCAGUGGUACCGAUUGCAUGAGUGAUACAAACAGUGCCAAUGUGAAGUCUGAAGGAGACAUGGAAACGCAGAUACCGCCCGAGAAAGCUGGCGAAUAUGUUCGUGAACUGCUGCAAGAAAAACAGAGCUUGGAUUCCUCGCAGUGGCCAAACGCUCUUCGUCUACUGGAUCAAGAGGUGACGAAAGAGGUGGCCCGCGUGCAGGCGCAAGGUCGUCCGCUGCCCCGAGAGAGCAAGUAUGUGGACAUAUACCGCGAGAAGCCCAUCCGCGUCGCAGUCAAGGUGCUCGUGCCCAUCAAGGAGCAUCCCAAGUUCAACUUCGUUGGAAAACUUUUAGGACCAAAGGGCAACUCUAUGAAGAGACUACAAGAAGAUACGAUGACGAAAAUGGCGGUUCUUGGGCGAGGCUCCAUGAAAGACAAGCAAAAAGAAGAGGAGCUUCGAGCGUCGAAGGACCCAAAGUAUGCUCACCUGAGCGAUGACCUGCACGUGGAGAUAGCGGCGUUCGCGCCCCCCGCCGAGGCGCACGCCCGCAUAGCGUACGCUCUGGCAGAGCUGCGCAAGUACCUCAUCCCCGACUCGAACGACGAGAUCCGGCAGGAGCAGAUGCGCGAGAUGGAGCUCAUCCAGACCGUGUCCGGCGAGCCGGGCGUGCGCGUCCAAGACGCCGCCGCCGCCGCAGCUGCCGCCGCCGCAGGACGGAAGGUACUGUUGCCUAGUCAACCCCUGCUGGGCGGCAGCCCGUACCAAGCGAAACAGGGUUUAGCCGCGCACGACGCUGCCGCAGCCGCCGCCGCCGCCGCCGCCGCUGGACGCAACCAUAACCCUGUGCCGCGCGGCCGAGCCCUGCCGCUGCGCAGCGCGGUUGCGGGUAGCGGGGUGCCAGCAGGUCCUCCGCCGCCCCCGCGCGGUCGCGGAUUGCUGGGGCCGCCCCCGCCUCCGCCACCGGGCGCAGUGCGUGGCCCUCCCGGCGGCCUCCGCAAGCCGGCGCCACCACUGCCGCCCCCACCGCCCCCGCAGGCUCUGCUGCCGCGCCCUACGCCCACCAAGACCAAGGUCCUCAGCAUACUGGACCGCGCGCGCGCUGCCAUGGAGGAGACUGGGUACGGCGGCGCAGGCGACGAGGAAAGGGCUGCCGCAGGGACCUUCUACGACACCGCCGCCUACGACUCGUACGCUGCUACGGGGUACAGCGGCUAUGAGGACUACGAGGAGGGCGGCGGCGACUAUUACGACGCGGCAGCUGCCUACCCAGGCACAUAUAUGCCAGAGGCGGGUACCAUCACUUCAUCAGCAAACGACGGUGCUCCCAGGCCACGGAGUGCCCUCAGUUUCUCGAGUUCCAAGAUAGGCUCCGCACCCGGUUCCCCCGUCUCCUUGCCACCUCUUGUUCGCAGACGACUCCGCCAGCCGCUGGAAGGCCUUCAAGAGCAGCACUGUGGCCGGGGUGAGCACGGACCGGCCGCGCUACCGCCCCACUCCGUAUGCGCGCCCAGCCAAGUAAUGAGCGCGACGGCAGCGGCGGCUGCUGCGGCGGCGGCAGCGGCGGCGGCCCGCCCCCACCAUCACCACCACCAUCACCACCACCACCAGCAUGUCCACCAGCAGCAGCAGCAACAGCAGCAGCUGCUGCACCUGCACCACCACAGUCACCACCUGCAGCAGCGGCAGCGGCACCCGACCCAGUAGCAGAGGCCGGCGCUGCCAGUGAGUGCCGCAGCAUUGCCUAACCAGUAUAGCCUAGCGCGGGCCGCCUACUGACUCCAUAACCAAAACACGGAUACUGUACCAAUUACAGACGCUCGCUCUCACCAGAGAAGAUAGAAAAGUGGAGCGAAGCUUGGUGUCAAUUCGAGUUUAAGAAAAAACAUUAAUCUAGUCCUAUUCUUUGGACAAGAAGAAUAGGGAUGUCUACACCAUAUACAGUAAUUUGGUGUUAAUCAUUAAAACAGGUUAACGACAGAUGUAUUUAGUCUAUCCUUUGCAUUAGUAUCGAUUGGUUCGACAUUCAUUCAUUUAUUUAGUUGGACGUGAAGAGUCGCAUAAAUGUUUUCCCAUUGUAUAUGUGCUUCACAUUUUGACUAUCUCUCGUGUUCUGACAUAAAAUUCUGUUUGAACCAGGACAUUAACAUACAAUUGAUUUUCCUUAAAUUAAUUAGUAGCUCUAUUCUUGCAAAAUGGUGUGUAAUAUUUCAUUCUUUUGUCUCCCAUAUUGACAUCAUACAUGUUGGUAAUACCAAAAUUCAGAAUAUUAUUUCACACACCAUAGUGUGAGAGGAAAAGCUAAAAUUUUAUUUGAGCUGUAAAUUUUGUAUGUUAAUGAAGUGUGCAGUUACAUGUCAGAAUAUGGACAAUAGACUCAAAUAAAACAUUUAUGUGACAGGUUGUACUGGGAUAGAUUAUUCCACUAGUACACUACACGGAGUUGUUUCACGAUAGACUAUGGCUCAGCAUAAAUUUUAGUACACUUCUAUCUCACCCUAGCUACUCCGUCCUCCUGUAUUCGACAAGGCUGGAUCAGAAAUAAAAACGUGACACAUCUCUUUAUAAUCAUUUUGAACUAAAAUUUAGCAAAUUUUAGUUUUACGUUUUUUGUUUUCUAAUUGUACUGGGCUAAAACACUUAUAGCUCCUAGUGUAGAUGGUGUAUGGUACUGCAUGAAAUAUGUAGAUGUUUAUAAAUGUGUUUAAUGUGCAACACUUGACUGUAAUUGUUUUGUGAGCAUCGGCAGUGGGAAUUAGUUUUGUCGAAGCACAUAUACAAUUCACAGUACUGAAUAUUAGAAGUAAACAUAGUAUUCUUGUCACAUUUACUGUAACAUGUGUUAGUUGAAGUCAACCAGUAUUUAGUAAUUUUCUUCAUAUUAUGAUAGACCUAAAAUACUACUAGUAUUUUAUGGUAGUGCUGUAAUCUUUUCGUUUCUAAAUCAGACAUCAUGUAAAAGCCAAUGUAAAUCCUAUACUUUUGUGGACAGCGUUUACUUUCAGAUUUGGUUUCACGUGCUUCACACAACUACAGAACUUACAUACAAUUAUAUGUAUAUAUCGCAUUUUUGUGGCCAGUGGUGUGUACUAAGAAUUUGGAAUGGAAACUAUUGUGGGAUUUUAUGUGUGUUCUUGAAAGAAUCUGGUUGAAAUACCAUUGGAUACAGGGUUACUUCACAGCAGUUGUUUGAAAGUAGCAUUCAAUGGGAUGACAAUCAGAACACGUGUGGCACUAAAUGUUUGCCAUGGUACCUAUAUUUCGGUUUGUGGCUGAUGGUGUCUUGACUGAAUUGGUAUUACUAAAGUGGUCCAAUCUAUAUUAACCCACUCUUGGGCUUUAUUCUUACGAAUAAUCUGUUGAUAUCAAAAUGUGUAGAUUUAGCUACUUCACAUCUCACUAUUUAAAUUUUCUGAGAAGCCCGUUGUCUAGGAAACAUUGUUCAAAUGAAAUAUAUAUAAAUAUAUUUUCAUGUGUACUGAUUUUAUUGAAGAAUUAAAUACAUUUGUGAAUGAUUUUUAUUUAAAGUAGGCCUAAAUCGCACAGUAUGUAGCUCAGGUUGCUGCAAUAUAUUUUUACAAGCAGAUCAUCUGAAAUACCUAUCCAAUAAUUCAAUAAUUUAGAAUUUGUGCAAAUGACUUGAAAACUGUAUCUAAAACAAACAUUGUAAAUAUAACCCCAAAUGUUUUGAGGCUGUCAAUAUUGAUGACUAAAAAGGGGCAGGAAAGAAUUUUUAAUCACUAAAGUAGAUAUCUGCGUAGACGGAAAGCCUUUACCUAAAGGGCAGUGAAUAAAUUGUUAUGACUGGUGUCCUUAUUACUUUAUUGUCCAUACGACAAAGCAGCCUAAGUCUUGAAUUUUUGUGUGUGAUGCAAAAUACUGUAGUGUAUUCUCCUUAGCUUCUGAAAUGUUUUAGAUAUUUUAAAUCUCAGAAAUCAUACUGUAAUUAAAGAUAAUUAGUGUCUGAUAAGUAAAAAGGCUGAGUCAUCUAUGGUCAUGUUUGCAGGAUAAUGGAACAUGUGGUAUGUUUAGAGCCAAGUGGUGUUCUUGGACAAGAACUUUUUAAUAGCCUUUAAAAGUUAGUGGUGUGUAGUACAUUAUAAAAGAAGCAUUUAAAAUGUUCUAAUUUAGUUUUAUUUUUCUUUCAAUAAUCUUAAAUUAAUUUCUUUAAAGUAAUGUUGUUAGUAGUUUUGUGAAAUGUUUAAAAAGGAUGUUACACGUAGCAUUAAAAUAUAAACUUGUAAAAGAAACACAAAAAUAUUACAUGAGCAGUUUUCAUUAGAUGUAAAAGUUAUGGUUAAAAUUGUAUGUUUUUUCAAUGAAGAUUUUGAAAUCUUCCUUAAUUAAAAUUUAUGAAAUCUG